GCUUUUCCAUGAUGAAAUCGUCGGUAAAAUUAAUUAUUUCAACGUGAGUCGCGAUACUUCUUGUGGACCACUAUAUUGUCUAGGAGAGUCGAAGCUAAAAUCUCGCAUUAAAAACCUUAUAUAAGCUCUGCUCUGUUUUAUUUCUUUACAUGGGCAAUAUGAAAGAUCUAGCAGUCUGUUUAACUUCAGACUAGUUGUUGUAGUUCUUCCCCCCAUUACUCACAUUAGGCCUGUACAACAACAAAAACCCAGUUCAGAUUUGUGUAGGAAUAUGGGGAAAGGAGAGAAUCCAUGUCCUCUGCCUUUGCUCGCUCUGAACCAUGUCUCAUUUGUGUGCAAGUCUGUGCAAUCUUCCACUCAAUUCUACAUAAAUGUUCUUGGAUUUAAGCUUGUGAAGAGGCCUUCCUCCUUCGAAUUCCAAGGGGCUUGGUUGUUCAACUAUGGAGUCGGAAUACAUCUGUUGGAGUGCACAUCUGUUGAUGAUCUCCCCAAGAAAUCAGAGAUCAAUCCAAGGCAUAACCAUAUCUCUUUCCAGAGUAGUGACAUUGAGACGAUCCAAAGAAAGCUAGAAGACAUAAAGAUGAAAUAUGAGAAGCGAGUUGUAGAAGAGGGAGGAGUCUAUAUCGAGCAAAUUUUCUUCCACGAUCCAGAUGGGUAUAUGAUAGAGAUCUGCAACUGCAACAAAUUGCCACUAAUUCCCCUCACUGAUGGGAAGGCUCCAACUUCUGUCACUCGAUCAAGAUUCCCAUGGCUUAGAUCCACACCCAAAAAGGAGAGAAGAGACAGCUUCACAGAAAUCUCUUUGGUGUCAAUAAAUUCUGAUGCGGGAGAACCAGAGCUCUCUGAUUUUGGAAAAGGCGUGGGAAGCGUGGCAACUGGAGCUGAGCGUUGCUGCUCAUCUGUAGUAGCACAAAACGAUCAAAAUCCCAUAAUGCUUGACAUCAUGAAUUUCUAUCUGUAAAAACCAUAAAAUUCAUUGUGAUCAUAGAUCUGCCCAAAAACAAUCAAGAUCCUCUAUUUUUGUCUAUACUAGACUGAUUCUUAAUCAUAUAGGCAAUAAUCCCUCUUAUGGCGAGUGUUAUCUGUGCUAGUUUGUAUUGAAAAGGAAAGCUGCAUUGUAUCAGUACGACAUCGUAUUUGUGUGAAGGUUUUUUCUGGUUUUGUAAACACUGAAGCAGCUUUGUUGAGAUUGUGGUUUAAAUGGAACACCCAAAACUCACUCUUGGUUGUGGGUUUCUUACACUACCUGUAAGUCAUAUAAAUGCAUAAAUUGAAUGAAAUCUGUUCUUCCUUA